CCUGGAGGCUGCCGCGGGCGGCGAACGCCUCCACGUCCGUGCCCUCGGGGUCUGGUUGCCAGGGUGCGGCCCCACGGAUGCGCGAUCCUGUGGGUGCGCUGCGCGCGGGGCAUCCGCGCAGUGCUGCCCCGCAUCCAUGGGGUCGCGGCCGAGGAGUCCAGACCAAGAGGGACGCGCCGCACGGGGCGGGCGCUCGGAGUUUCAGCGCUGGCGCUGCCUUCUCAACCCGACCGAGGCUCAGAACAGCAGCAGCGUUGAGCCAUGGGCCAAGCUGACUGUAAAAGUGGAGGAGGCGGUGGGUCUCCUCAGUGCAGACACCAAUGGGUUGUCGGACCCAUUCGUCGUGCUGUCGAUGAACGGCCCUGCGAUCCCGGAAUUGAGGACGCAUGUGAUUAGUCGCACGCUGGCUCCGAAGUGGCGUGAGGUGUUCACUCUGGACGUCUACUACCCGCUGUCUACGCUGACCCUUCAGGUCAUGGACGCAGACGCCUUGGAUUCAGACGACCUCAUCGGGUUCCUGGACCUCCAGCUGUCAAGACUGUCGCUGAGUGGUAGCGUCGAGGGGUGGUUCGAGCUGCGCCAUCCCGAGGAGUUCAGUGACACCCUCAAGGCGCGCAUGCGCGUCCAAGAGCUAAAAAGCAAGGACGCCGGCCGCAUCCACUUGAAGCUCACGCUGCACGCGGAGGGAGGCGGUAUGGACGAGUUCUUUGCGGCGUGCAUGGAGUGGCCCUGCGCCGGUCACGGCUACGAGCACUACGACCUCGGUAAGCUCUUUGCCUCCCUGAUGAGGGCGAGCUCGCUGCUGCUGAAGCUCCUGGUGCCCCUGCUGCGGGUGAAGUCUUGGGCGUUCAGGCACUCUACGCUCGUGGCCCUGGCCCUCAUCCUGCUCAUCUGGGAGCCCGUGCUGGUGCUGCCCGCACUGGCGCUCUUGGCAGGGCUCGUGCUGGCGCGGGACGAGUUCUGGGAGGCCGAGGCGGGCGCGGCCGACGUCGGCCACGAGGACACAAAGCGGUCGGAGACCACCGUCUCGCUGGACAGCGAGGGCUGCCCGAAGAGGCCCGCCCGCGGGGUACCGCUCUGCGGGCGCGCGCUGCCGAAGAGGUUCGCCCGCAGACGGUCGGUCGACAGUAGCCCGCCGACGGCGGCCGCCGCCCAGAGCUCGUCGAGGAGAGCCGCCUCCCAGAGCCCGUCGGGCAGCACAGCCGCCCAGAGCCCGUCGGGCAGCCCCGAGCGGGAGAACGCGACGGUGAGGAGAGCGGCGUGGAUGAUGCAGAAGCUGGUGCCGGGCUCGAAGCGCAUAUAUGUGCGCAUGGCGCAGUCCCUCACCGAUCUGCUGAUCCGUCUCCUGGUGCUUGUCCACGGGAUGCUGAACACGCGGCGCCGCGGCCUCAGCAAGGCCUGUUUCGCAGCUGCGCCAGCGCUUCUGGUUCUCGGCAGGUGGCAGCUGUUCCUCGUGAAAGUGUGUCUUACGAUGGCGGUGAUCGUCAUCUUUUUCCCACUCACCACGCCGGGAAGGAUCUGGAAAACUGCUGUCUACUACAUGGCAAAGAGGAACAGGCUGCACGAGGACCACCAUCUGUUGGAGAGAGACGACUGCAACUUUCUGCACGUCGUGCCACCGAGGAAGAGUGUGGGACGGGUGCACGUACUGCGGCCAAACCGCCUGCUGAAGCCCACGAGGUGCUUCAUGUGCGGCCAGCUGACGGCCAGGGGCCUCUCGGCGGGCGUGCCCCUGCGCUGCGAGAUUUGCCGUGUGGUCGUCUGCGCUGGCUGCAGCGGAGACCUCCGCGACGACUGCCGUGGCUUCAUGCGGCGCAAGCCGUCGUCGCACCACGUCAGCCUGUGGUAGCAAAUCAUGGGAGCCUUGUCAUCGACUGCACGUGAGAGUGACCCUUCGCCAGAGUGACCUCUGGGUGCGGGCCCACUGGGGUCCCCCGAUCGCCGAACGCGGUGCGAUGGUGGCGUGUUGCGCGCUUCUGUUGGGUCUCCCCGCGGCCUCCAAGAAGCCGCGCACCAAAGGUCACUCACUCGAUAGCAGCAAGUUUCGAGCAGGGGAUAGAAUUGAUUUACCCCCCUAUCCGUGUUUUCCAACGAAUCUGCGAACAAGCACACAUGUAUAUAAUGCUCUGUAGAUCUCUGGAGCAUUCUAUGUUUUUCGCUGGUAGGUUCGGCG